AUGGCGAGACACAGGACGACCGAAAAUGUAGCCUGUGAGCACUUACUUCCUGGAUCAUUUCCUGAUCCCCCACACCUCUGUCCCCCUCCCUUUUUGGUGGCAUUUUGUUCAGACUGCUCAUCCAUAUUCCCCUCAUCUCCUGGCUCAGUUCCACCCCGGCUUAAGUCUAAGGGUUGCCUUCCUAGGGGACGGCCUGGCCUGCAGGAACAGAACGCCUGGACUUACACUGCGUUCGUGGCAAAGUAUCCGCGGGCUUCUCCAGGCCUAGAUCGGGUAAAGACUCUGGAGCGGGCCACCUGCCGCGACCGGAGAGGUAGGAGGGGCGCGGCUCCGGAAGGCUGGGGCACACUCCCGGCGGGCGUCCUGGAGGGCCACCCGCAGGUGGCGGCGCUGGCCUGCGGGCGGGGCCGGGGAAGGGGAGGGCUAGAUGCGCGUCGGUUGGUGACGGCAGCGCGGAGGGGAGGUGCGAAGCGCCCGCCCGCUGAGAGCCAUGGCGAGAGGCCGCGCAGCGGCGCCCGCUUCAGUACCCCGGUCCGCAGCAGCGCCCCCGCCCGCCGCCCCCGGGCCCACCCGGCCGCCGCCCCCGUGCACCCCAAGCCCCUGAUCGCUGCGCGCUGUGAGCCAGGCGCCCCGGGAGAGGGGCCGCGCGCGGAAGGGCGGCACGGGAGGGAGCGCGCGGGAGCCCGAGCGCCCCGACGACCCCCGCGUCCCGGAACCCGGGAUCUCUAGCUGGGAGCGCGAAGUCGGCGGCCGGGCAGCAUCAGGAGGAGGAGACGCCAAAGCCCAGCCCACCGUGUGCGCCCUGGUGCCGCCCGGCCGGCUGCUGCGGAGGGAACCAGAGCCGCCGGGCGGCCCGGGCCGGGCCGAGAACACCGAGGAGGAGGCAGCCAGGAGUGUCGAUCGCCCGGGCAGCCCUGCGCCGGAGGCAACCAGGGCCGCGCCUGCUACGGGGCUGCACUCCGCGCCCCUCUAGAGGAGUCCCAGUGAGGAGCCCCUGCUGGUGUGCCAGACCUCUGGGGGGCCGUCUGCCCGACUGCUCCAGACUCCGGCAGCGGGGCCUCCGAUGGCAGUGGGUACCUCCCCGUGAAACCUGCC